AUGCAGCGAAAUCUAGUGGCGUUGCGGGAGAAGCGGCUAAGCCCACCACUCAGGGUGCACCAGAGGGUAGACGAAGGAGUACCGUACUCCCAGCUUUCCGUUGGUGUGCCUUUAGAGAUAUUUCCCAAUGAGCGCCGAGUCGCGAUCACUCCUCAAAACGUCACUCUACUCAUGAAGAAAGGGUUCUCCCGUGUCUUGAUAGAGAAGAAUGCCGGUGCCGAAGCCCAAUUCUUAGACGAGCACUACAGGGCCGCUGGAGCUACGCUGGUGGAUAGAGAGCAGCUAUUCAGUGAGACUGAUAUUCUGCUCAAAGUAAGGCCGCCAGCACUCGGAGGAGAGACGGACAAGAUCAAGGAGGGUGGCACGGUCAUAUCAUUCCUAUACCCCAACCAGAAUAAGCCCGUUGUCGAGGCUUUGGCUACCCGGAAGGCCAAUGCUUUCGCAAUGGAGAUGAUACCCAGGAUUUCUCGUGCUCAGGUUUUCGAUGCGCUAAGCUCGAUGGCCAACAUUGCAGGUUACAAGGCGGUUUUAGAGGCCGCUAAUCAUUUCGGCCGGUUUUUGACAGGUCAAUCUGCUACUCCUAGGAAGAUCCCUCCAUGCAAAGUGCUUGUCAUAGGUGCUGGAGUAGCUGGACUGAGUGCCAUCGCCACAGCUCGACGUAUGGGUGCCAUUGUCCGAGGAUUUGAUACGCGCGCUGCAGCCAAAGAGCAAGUCCAAUCUCUCGGCGCCGAGUUCUUGGAGGUGCCAUUCGAGGAAUCUGGUGAAGGCGGCGGUGGGUAUGCCAAAGAAAUGUCGAAGGAGUUCAUUGAAGCGGAAAUGGCAUUAUUCAUGGAACAAUGCAAGGACGUCGACAUCGUCAUCACAACGGCUCUCAUUCCAGGCAGACCUGCGCCAAAGUUGAUCACUAAAGAGAUGGUCUUGGCAAUGAAACAGGGCUCUGUCAUCGUCGACUUGGCUGCCGAGACCGGGGGUAACUGUGCAUUGACAAAACCGGGCGAGCUCUAUGUCCAUGACGGCGUCACGAUCAUUGGUUACGCUGAUCUGCCUUCACGUUUACCGACGCAAUCGUCCACGCUAUACUCGAACAAUAUCACGAAGUUCUUGUUGUCUAUUGGCGGGGACGAAAGGUUUUCCAUCAACCUUGAUGACGAAGUUGUUCGUGGUUCCAUCGUUGUACACAAGGGCGCCCUGCUGCCUCCUGCGCCUCGGCCUGUCCCGCCUGUCGUCUCCGCGCCUUCUCCGGAACAGGCAGCUGAAGUCGCUGAGACUAAGGCCAUCACGCCAUGGCAGAAGGCAACGAGAGAGAUUGCUACUGUCAGCACGGGUAUGGGUACCGUAAUCGCGUUGGGAAAGUUAGCUGGACCUGUCUUCAUGAACAACUUCUUCACGUUCGGUCUGGCAUCGUUGAUCGGGUACCGGGUGGUCUGGGGCGUUGCACCUGCUCUGCACUCUCCCCUGAUGUCCGUUACGAAUGCUAUCUCUGGAAUGGUUGGAGUCGGCGGUCUCUUCGUCAUGGGUGGCGGGUAUUUCCCGGGUACCGUCCCGCAGAUAUUAGGAGCAUUAUCGGUCCUGCUAGCUAGUGUCAAUGUUGCUGGUGGUUUCGUUAUCACGAAACGCAUGCUAGAUAUGUUUAGGCGUGACACUGAUCCGCCGGAGUAUGCAUGGCUCUACGGUAUUCCAGCGGUCGUCUUCACCGGUGGUUUCCUGGCUGCUGCGAGCACGGGCAUGGCGGGUCUUGUCCAGGCUGGGUACCUGACCAGUAGUGUCCUCUGUAUCAGUUCUCUGUCUGGACUAGCUUCACAAACCACCGCACGUCAAGGAAACAUUCUUGGAAUGCUAGGUGUCAGUUCCGGUAUCCUUGCUUCACUGGCUGCUGUCGGGUUCAGUCCCGAAGUUCUCGUGCAAUUCGCUGGUGUUUCAGCGAUCGGCGGACUAUUUGGUACAAUCAUCGGUCGGCGCAUCACCGCCAUUGAGUUGCCACAAAUGGUCGCCGCGCUACACUCAGUGGUGGGUCUAGCUGCGGUGCUUACUAGCAUUGCGAGCGUUCUCGCGGAUCUAGGCCACGCUUCUACCUUGCAUCUCGUUACUGCUUACCUUGGGGUGCUUAUUGGCGGUAUCACAUUCACCGGAUCUAUUGUGGCUUUCUUGAAGCUCGCCGGCCGUAUGUCAUCUCGGCCGUUGUCUUUGCCAGGAAAGCAUGUCAUCAACGCUUCCUUACUGGGAGCAAACAUCGCAUCUUUCGGUGCUUUCGUGACAAUGGCUCCGUCAGUGCCUCUCGUGGCAGCCGGGUUCCUGGGCGCGAAUGCCUUGUUGAGUUUCAUAAAGGGUUUCACGACGACUGCUGCAAUUGGCGGAGCCGACAUGCCCGUCGUUAUCACCGUUCUCAAUGCGUACUCCGGGUUUGCUCUAGUCGCAGAAGGUUUCAUGCUGGACAACUCGCUCUUGACGACUGUGGGAGCACUGAUUGGAGUUAGCGGGUCUAUCCUGUCGUAUAUCAUGUGCGUUGCCAUGAACAGGACAUUGACAAACGUUCUAUUUGGAGGCAUCGGCUCGUCCGCCGUGCAGAGUGAUUACAAGAUUGAAGGUGCUAUUACAAAGACGUCUGUAGAGGAAACGGCGGAUACCUUGGCCAAUGCAGAAAGCGUGAUCUUGGUGGUCGGUUACGGCAUGGCUGUUGCUAAAGCGCAGUUCGCCAUCUCAGACAUUGUAUCCAUGCUGCGCUCGAAGGGGAUCAACGUACGCUUCGCUAUUCAUCCCGUCGCUGGAAGAAUGCCCGGGCAGUGCAAUGUCUUGUUAGCGGAAGCGGCCGUGCCCUAUGACAUUGUCCUUGAGAUGGAUGAGAUCAACGACGAUUUCCCCGACACCGAUGUUACCCUCGUUAUUGGUGCAAAUGAUACUGUAAAUCCUAUCGCUCUAGAACCAGGAUCCCCUAUUGCUGGCAUGCCUGUAUUACAUGCAUGGAAGAGCAAACAGGUCAUCGUGAUGAAGCGAGGAAUGGCUAGUGGCUAUGCGGAUGUCCCCAAUCCAAUGUUCUACAUGCCGGGAACUAAAAUGUUGUUCGGCGACGCGAAGGACACUUGUGAAGCCAUCAAGAAGAGCCUCGACUCAAAUUCGGAUGCCGACGGUCGGAAUACUCUCAGAGAUGUCAUUCCUUCUUCGCCAUCCACCGUCCUCACUAGUGACGACAUAGUCCAAGCCCUAGCAGGUUCUGAAGACAAUGGCGCUACGUUGGACCUGGCGCGCAAAGGCCUCACAGACGUGGGAGAGGCGGGGGCGGAAGAACUGGCAAACAUCAUCCAGGAAACCGACAGCGCCGUAGUAAGAAUUGCGCUAGCUUAUAAUCGAUUGACUACGUUGCCGAUGGCUUUUGCACUGCUCUCACGCCUACGGUACUUGGUUCUGAGGAACAAUAACUUCUCCACCUUCCCUAAUGUUCUUACUGUCAUGCCGUCGCUGGAGAUCCUGGACAUCAGCCGUAACAAGAUCAAGCGCCUGCCCUCUCAGCCUGGUUCACUAACGAACUUACGAGUUUUCUCCCUUCUCCGCAACAAAAUCCGCAGGCUUCCAGCAUACAUAUCUCAAUUUCAACAACUGAGCAUCCUCAAAGUGGACCAGAAUCCGAUCGAAUGGCCGCCGAAGUCAAUUCUUCAAUCUCAUGAUGAUCUGCAUGAUCCUCAGGUCAUGGGAGAAUGGAUUAAGGGUCUUCAAGCUUGGAUGGAUGAGAACCAUUCUUCACCUACCGCUCGCAAGAUGAGCGAAGAUUCCAUAGAGAGCGAGUUUUCGCGAGAUAUGUCUAACGUGUCAACAGAACAGACUGACGCGUCCGCGCCACCGUCGCCUCCUCCUCUACCCCCCAAAGAUGGCUUCCAUGCUACUGCUCUUUAUCAUGCACGGUCUUUCUCCCUUGAGUCGGAUACUUCGAGCUACUUUCAGCUGGAAAGAUCACGAAGCGACUUGACUCCAAGUCAUGAUGUCCGACCAGGUUGGCCUUCAUCAAUGAGGUUUACUCCUUCAGCUGCAGGCUUUCUGCCUGCGGCAUCCGAAUCCCUCCCACCAUCCCCCGACUCUUAUUAUCCCUCUAAUGGGUCGGGCACGCCGUCAGAACAUGCAGGCUCCCGAAACAGUAGCAAAUACCGCCCCGUCCAAGCGCAAGACGAAGUGGAGGCCCUGGAGGAUGACAAGUCACGGAACAGCGUCAGCAAUCUCACUGUCAAGAAGAGUUUGCCGGAGUUGCGCUUGACUAAUCUGCAUCUUACUACAAGGAGGGACGACUUACCUUCUCAGCGCUCCGGCGUGCAGAAUGGCACUCCCAGUCCGCCGAAGCAAUCAUCCAUCUCGGAAAAUUCAUCCCCUAUUGCAUUGGACAGGUCGGUCCCAGCGAUGGACAAGGAACGACAUGCCUAUUUCCGGCGGUUUUCUGCUCUUACGCCUCUGAACCUCGCGAAGACGAUUCCAGAGGACCUUCUUGCGCUUGUCGAUGCUAUCCGAGGCAUCCUAUUUGGAGUCUCGCAGAUCUAUCAGACACUUCACCAUUACACUGUGUAUGCUAUCGACGCACGACUAUCGGCGGUUUUGCUCAAGGUUUUGGACCCUGCGGCUUACUAUAUGAGUCAGUUGAUUGGUGCUUUGGACCGAUUUGAUUCCAUGAGCAAGAGGGCUGUACCGUCUCCUGCAGUGUCUAGAACAGUCGUGGAGUAUUGCCGAGAUACUAUCACAGUCUUUGGCAAGGCUGUCGGAGUUCUGACCCUUCAAUUAAAGGUGCUCGCUACUCACGACGACGUUCGCUAUACACGACAGAUGCUACUCACCCUCUACGGCGCCAUGGCAGAGAUUGCCAGCUCUUGGCAGGCGAUUGCGAGUCGUAUAGACUCCGUCAAGCCUCUGCUUUGGGAAUCGCGACCGCCACCAGCGUCCAAGUCAUUCACUGCUCAGGUUUCGAGGACGCACGGCUCAGAAUCAUCCAGAUCUCCAGUAUCCGCACCAGCAGGAGGCCCUUCGACUUUCCACCCGUCGUCAGACCACCCACGCUUGAGACCCAAUGUAUCGCCCAGCUCCCUCGACCAUGGAAAGACUCGCAUGGCGCGUAGACAUGCAGGAUCCUUCAGCUCGAAAGAUGUUGAAAUAGGCAAGAUGCUUCCAUCCUAUGUCGACCCGCCCUCCUUCGCUGUCGGUUUCUUUGACGGAGCGGCCCCCCCGACGCCUGUGCCUCGUAGUGCUCGAAGAACAGGCCCAUCCCUCGGCUCGGCCCCCCUAAAUGUCACAUCGAUGGCCAACGUGUCUGGCCCGUAUAGUGCAGACGGCUCCCAUUCAACACAUCGCUGGGAUGCCCACUCACGUCAAGGCUCCCAGAGUUCUCUUCUUCCCUCCUCGUCCUCUUCCCUCGCGUUGCGGGCCGCUCAAUUCGAUACGCCAAUAAACUCGAGUACUCUUAUGGAUAAAGAGGCAAUAGAUGCAAUGAAGCAAGCGCUGGAUGCUGCGCCUGCUAUCUGGGAGAUGGUAUGUGGAAUACUAAGCGAAGAGGACGAGAACAACGAGCCCUUGAAAGAGAUACUGAGCAGGGCGCAAGAGGUGGCUGAGAGGCUGCGCAAGAGUGUUACGGCUAUUCAGGACGGAUCGCCUCUGACGGAUCGCAGACCCCUGCACGAUGACGCACGUAUGUUUGCUAAGACCGUCAUCCAACUAUCGGGCGCGAUUAAGACUCAUAUCGCUGCGCAUCCGCUGUCGUCUACUGUUCGGACAAACAUGGUCAAGCUCACCAACGCGACGGAAGAAUUUGUCAUACUGCUGCACGUCUCCUCCUUCUCUCCUGCUCCGACCCCCCGGCCAUAUACUCCCUUAGUAGGACCUCAGCCGAGUCCACUUAGCCAUCCAGACGAUGGCAAGCUUGGUGCCAAUCUAUCACGCGCUCGCAGUGCUGCACACUCUGCUAGUUCGAAAUUGGCGCCUGCAAUGCGGGAUCCACCGCAUAGCGCACUUCCUCAUUCAACAUUCACCGUCCCGACACCUCCGCGCUCUGUGAUGUUGCGGAAAGAGACUAUGAACGAUAUGACUGCUGUACCAGGAUGAAUUUGGGCACCAGUGGUUUUCUGCCUUCAUUGCACUAACUUAUUCCCUCCUAUUGUCAAACGAAUCGUUGUCGCAUUUCCUUGCCUGGUGCAUAACAUGCAUACAACCCACUAGCUCACACAUUCCACUUCCCUCAAGCAUACUUUAUUAGAUCCCACUGUAUUCUCCAGUUCAUGGACAAGGUCCUGGGCAACGGGAUAGGUGCUAAUGUAUCUACUUCGUAAUAACCUUGAUAGUCCGUCCUUUUGCAUGAGACUCA